AUGGCGCCACGCAAGCCUGCUACGCCCGCAAAGGUAGCCAAGAAAAGCCUUGCAAGUCCAAACAACAGGAUUGUCAAGCGACCCGCUCGCGGCUACCACAAGUACAAGAAUGGACUGUUGAAUGUCACGCCCAAGGGCGGGGAGAUGAACAUCGUGAAAAACAAUCAGGAUACGCCACUGCUACGCCUGCCUCCUGAGAUCAGGAAUCGUAUCUGGGAGCAUACCCUCGGUCGCAGCAGUUUUAGGGCACAAGUGUCCAAGCAGGGAAGGAAGAACGUAGCCACAAUGGUAUCGCUGUCGGACGAGCCUGGUGUUGGCGUCGCUCUUCUACGCUCUUGCCGCCAGAUCUACUCCGAAGCUGCAAUGAUGCCUAUCUGUCUGAACACUUUCGUAAUCAGAGACUACUGGCGUAAUAUGAAAGCCUUCCGGCUCUUCUCAGCGCAUCAGUUCAAGCGAAUCACUAUGAUCCGACUCGAACUUCAAUUUCCUAUAUUCUACCUGGAUGCCCUCGAAAUUCAGCCUCUGUUUCCUGCGAUGAAUGAUAUUGAGAUAGUUAUACAUUCAGCCAACAGUGUUACCAACAGUGUUACCAACAGUGUUAGUUUCGAAGAUGCAGCAGCAGCCAUUCGCGUCUACUAUCAGCCUUUCAUGGAGUCUGGCGCUAUUACCAUGACGAUCAAGCGACUGGAUCAAAGCAUUACUGCCUGACGAUCGAUCUAGGUGAAAGAUUGACGAAACGGAUUUCCAGCAUUGCAUGAUGC